AUGAUGGCCGUGAGGGUUCUGGUGCUGGUUCUGGCACUGCUGGUGAGCGCUCGCAGCGACGUGAGGGCCAGAGACCCUGAGGUGGAGCAGCAGGAGGAGGACUGGGCGGGAGCGGCGGGCGUGGUCAGUGCCACAGAGACCCCCCUGCUGGGAGAGGGCGGCAACUACCCGGCCCGAAGCGGGAACUGGUGUGCGUUUGUGCAGAAGCGUGUGGCGAGCAUGGCGGUGGCGUGCGGGACAGAGAAGUACACCAUCAAGUCUCAGAGUCCGUGUCCCAGCGGAUCACCAGACUGUCACCUGGUCAUGUACAAGCUGUCCACUCGGCCGCUGUACAGACAGCAGCAGAAGACGUUCACUGCCCUCUUGUGGAGAUGCUGUCCAGGACAUGGAGGAAACAACUGUGACGAUGCAGUCACUGAAGAAGCACACACACACUCAGGAAGUGCAGCAUCCGAAGUUCAAGGUGCACCUGGAGGUCUCCACAAUCCUGGCGUGCAGCAGCGGCGAGGAGACCCUGGCGGGGAGCAGAACGACCACCAGGGGUCAGUCAACACACCACACCGUGUCAACCAGCGCAAUGCCACAAGCCCCGCCCACAACCACCAUGGGGCCCAAAUACCCAACAGUGAACACACCCAGCAUCCCAGUCGCGUCCCUCAUCAGGACCAGCACCCCAUCCAUGUCCAGAAUCAAGACCAUGUCCAGCAUCAGGACCACACCCAGCAUCCAAUCCACGUACAGAAUCAGGACCAUGUCCAGAAUCAGGACCAUGUCCAACAUCCCAUCCGUGUCCAGAAUCAGGACCAAGUCCAGCAUCCUAUCAAUGUCCAACAUCCAAUCCAUGUCCAGAAUCAGGACCAUGUCCAGAAUCCGGACCAUGUCCAACAUCCCAUCCGUGUCCAGAAUCAGGACCAAGUCCAGCAUCCUAUCAAUGUCCAACAUCCAAUCCAUGUCCAGAAUCCGGACCAUGUCCAGCAUCCUAUCCAUGUCCAGAAUCAGGACCAAGUCCAGCAUCCUAUCACUGUCCAGCAUCCAAUCAAUGUCCAGAAUCAGGACCAAGUCCAACAUCCAAUCCGUGUCCAGAAUCAGGACCAUACCCAACAUCCCAUCCGUGUCCAGAAUCAGGACCAAGUCCAGCAUCCUAUCAAUGUCCAGCAUCCAAUCAAUGUCCAGAAUCAGGACCAAGUCCAGCAUCCUAUCAGUGUCCAGAAUCAGGACCAUAUCCAACAUCCUAUCCGUGUCCAGAAUCAGGACCAAGUCCAGCAUCCUAUCAAUGUCCAGCAUCCAAUCAAUGUCCAGAAUCAGGACCAAGUCCAGCAUCCUAUCCGUGUCCAGAAUCAGGACCAUAUCCAACAUCCCAUCCGUGUCCAGAAUCAGGACCAAGUCCAGCAUCCUAUCAAUGUCCAGCAUCCAAUCAAUGUCCAGAAUCAGGACCAAGUCCAGCAUCCUAUCCGUGUCCAGAAUCAGGACCAUAUCCAACAUCCCAUCCGUGUCCAGAAUCAGGACCAAGUCCAGUAUUCUAUCAAUGUCCAGCAUCCUAUCAAUGUCCAGCAUCCAAUCAAUGUCCAGAAUCAGGACCAAGUCCAGCAUCCUAUCCGUCCCCAGAAUCAGGACCAUGUCCAACAUCCCAGUCGCGUCCUUCAUCAGGACCAUGCUAAGCAUCCUAUCAGUGUCCAGAAUCAGGACCAAGUCCAGCAUCCUAUCCGUCUCGAGAAUAAGGACCAUGUCCAACAUCCCAGUCGCGUCCUUCAUCAGGACCACGCUAAGCAUCCUAUCAGUGUCCAGAAUCAGGACCAAGUCCGGCAUCCAAUCAAUGUCCAGAAUCAGGACCACGUCCAGCAUCCUAUCAAUGUCCAGAAUCAGGAUCACGUACAGCAUCCUAUCAAUGUCCAGAAUCAGGACCAAGUCCAGCAUCCUAUCAAUGUCCAGAAUCAAGACCACGUCCAGCAUCCUAUCAAUGUCCAGAAUCAGGACCACACUAAGCAUCCUAUCCGUGUCCAGAAUCAGGACCAAGUCCAGCAUCCUAUCAACGUCCAGAAUCAGGACCAAGUCCAGCAUCCUAUCAAUGCCCAGAAUCAAGACCACGCUAAGCAUCCUAUCAACGUCCAGAAUCAGGACCAAGUCCAGCAUCCUAUCAAUGUCCAGAAUCAAGACCACGCUAAGCAUCCUAUCCGUGUCCAGAAUCAGGACCAAGUCCAGCAUACCUCCAUCACACACGGCCAGGAUCUCCUUCCUGGUGUGUCUGAGGCGGAGGUGCUGACCUCCACGGAGGUGCCUGCAGUGCUGCCUGUCCCCCACAUGAUGGCGCUGCUCAUGUCUCAGCUGCAGCCGCUGCUGGACGGCUUCAACCGCUCGUUGGCGCUGCUGAGUCAGCAGGUUGGCACCUUGGCACGCGAUGUUGCCCAGCUGAAGAGCGGCCAGCAGGAGGCGGAGGAGGAGGAGGAGGAGCGGCCGGGCGCCGAAGUGCUCCACCAGAUGGUGGCGCUGCAGCGACAGAUGGACGUCCAUCAGAGGGAGGUGGAAGGAAGGCUGCACUCCCAGCAUGCAAUGCUGCAUUACAACAUCAGCAGCUUCAAGACCGACGUCGACCUCAAACUGAAAAGACAUCACAAGAUGCUGCAGAUCAACCUGCAGGCCAUGAACGCUACACUGGCUGAGAUGAAACAGCACCAGGAUCGAGACCAGGACCAGGACCAGGACCAGGACCAGGGGCAGCUGGAGUGGCCCCCACUGGCGGUGCAGCCGUCCCCUGCAGUGUGGGAGGCCAUCGAGCGUCUGGACAACAUGGUGGUCAACAACACAGUCAAGGUGGGCGGGCUGAUGGAGGACGUGGAGGCGACGGCGGGCGGCGUCCAGCAGCUGAACCGGAACUUGAAGUCGCUGGGCGAGCGCAUCAACCAGACGGCGAGGACCAGCCAGGUCCAGUUCAUGGAGACUGGUCUGGAAGUGGAGGCGGCCAAGGUGGUGGUGCUGGGUCAGGUGGGCGAGCUGGCGGCGAACGUGAGCCAGCAGGGGCGCCGUCUGCAGGAGAUGGACGUGGACGUGGACUACCUGUACACCGUCCUCUACAAACACAACGCCUCCGGCCAGUGCGACUGUCUCCGCCUCAAGGACGCCGUGGCCACGCUGGAGAGGGGCGUGGCCAACGUGACGGAGCUGGCCAAUGAGAACCGGCUAGCUCUGGACGAAGACAAACAGGCCGGGACGGGGCAGUGGGGCGGGGCCAGUGACUGGGAGCCGGCGGUGGAGGCGGUCCAACGAGGCCUUCAGCAGGCCAUGGAGUCUCUGGUCUCACACCAGACCAGGACCAGGACCUUGGACGAGACCCUGGCCCGGCUGGGCAGCAGUCUGGAGGAGGCGGCUGCGGAGGUGUCGCGCCUGAAGGAGGUGGACAGGAAGCGGACGGACGAGAUGAAGCGCCUGUCGGGGUCCUUCAACUCCCUGCUGAAGGACGCCAUUCGCCACAGCGACGUGCUGGAGCUCCUGCUGGGCGAGGAGGUGCUGGAGUUCCUGGAGUGGCCCCUCCAGGACCAGGAGGCCCACUCCAUCCCCGCCCUCAAGGAGCAGCUGAGGCUCCUGCAGGAGCAGCUCCAAGGACACAACCUCAGUCUCAGCUGGUUGCUAGGGGGCGGGCAGGAAGUUCCCCCCGCGGACGAGCCGUCUCCCUGGUUGGCGUCCAGGGAGCAAGGCGCGGGGGGCGGAGACGCCGGAGACCCGCGGAAGACGGAGAGGAGCGUCGACGAACCGAAGCUGAAGACGCCGCAAGAGGAACCCUGCUGCCCGCGCCUUCCGGGAGGGGCGCCGCCCGCUGGCGAGGAGGCCACGCUGCACACGGAGGUGGCGCGGCUGAAGAGAGGACUGGAGGAACACCUGAGGACGUUCAAGAGCGUCUUCAGCAACGCCGACGUGCUGGAGCGGAGCCACGCCACGCUGGAGCUGGACCAGGUGUGGCGGCUGCUCGGCAAGAAGAAGGAGCGGGGAGGGCGCCGACGCAGCAGGAGGCGGGCUGGAGACGUCCCCGCCGCUCUCAGCCAAUCACACGCCACGAUGCCGCCGCGGGCCGCCUCCCCUCUCAGAACGUCUGAUGCGUCUCUCGACGGAGGAAACUUGGACCGCCGCAGCGGGGGGGACGGCGUCUACGUCUUCACGCUCGCGACGGACAUGAGGGCGCUGAGGAAGCCGCUCCGCCAGCAGGGGGCGCCGUCACGGCCUCGCACCGCCCACCUGAGGCUCAGGAGGGGGGAGGAGCUUAGACUGGAGAUAAGGGGCGGGGAGUGGGCGGAGUCAGGCGACGCCUUCGCGGCGCUGUUGUUACGCCGUGACACCUGAGGGCGCUGCGAGCCAAUCAGGAGGUAAAGACAAGAAGGUGGCGCGGGGAGUCACUCGUGGAGCGAAUGACCGAACGUAACAUGCGAACACGAGGAAGCUAACAUAACCACUUCAAACACCACAACACUUCUGUCAGUAUACUUGAGUAAGUACACUGUGUGUGUACUAUGUGUACUUACUUCCUGUGUCCCACAUCCACUCUCGUCACCAACAGUUUUGGUCCGCGUACGUCCGUUUUGGGUUUGGAAUAGAGAAAUAAUUUAACAUAAAAAUACAUUUUCCACGUUUUUUUUGAGUUGAUGAUAAAAAUAAACGAUUUAUUAAUGCGUUUUAAAAACAGCGAGAGGAAAACUAUUUUCUCCAUUUCCUGCGUAAUGUUUGAGAAUGGUAGAUUGCACAUGCGCAGUGUUUCUUUUCCGUCACCUCGUCUGCGGGUGACCCGGAUGAACAACAACAACAGCAGAAGAAGAAGAAGAGCGACUUUUCUACUGCUCAAUAUAGAAACAAUAAAAUAUGUCUCUGGACAUUAAAAAAUAGAAUUCUUGAACACGACAAACUUGCUUUGACGACAUUGACACCGCUGUUUGUCUACUUUUUCUUCUGUUGUUGUUCUGGGUCACUUACCAAUGAGGAUGCGGAAAAAGAGACACUGCGCAUGUGCAAAAUAGUUUCCCGCUCGUUGUUUUUUAAUUUCGAUUUUCAAACACAUUGAUAAAUUUGGACAACGUUUCUGGGGAAAGCGGAUUUUUAUGUUCAAUUAUUUUUCUGUACAAAGCUCAAAGCAGACAUAUACGGACCAGUUGCUUACCAGCCGCCAUUAUUUAAGUUUUCUGCUUCUUCUACGCAACCAAAAGUUGCUUUGUUGUCGCUGCCCGAUCUGUUGGCGCCCAAACUCGGCAACUUCCGGUCCUGGUUUACGUUUAAUAUCGACAACUACACUUUCAAAAUAAAAGUACUACGUUUUUUUUUGUAAACAAUUUUAGCAUUUCCAAAUGCUUUGAAUGCACAUUAUUUUUGUAAUAUUUGUACACGGCAGGAAGUUGUUUGAGCAAAAAGAUCGGGCAUCUUAACGACAUCUGGCCAAGUCUACCAUGAAUUGAUUAACGUUUACCCCGACUUAAACAAGUUGAAAAACUUAUUGGGGUGUUACCAUUUAGUGGUCAAUUGUACGGAAUAUGUACUUCACUGUGCAAUCUACUAAUAAAAGUCUAAAUCAAUCAAUCAAUCAAAGUCUCCACAAACGUAUUGUGCAACAUGCGAGUACUUAGUGCACUGCAAUGUACGUACUUCCAUCCAUCCAUUUACUACCGCUUGUCCCUUUUGGGGUUGCACUCAAAUUAAUUACCAAUCGUUUUCCUAUUUAAUAAUAUUUACCUGAAAAGUGAUCAAUUCAUCUUUUAUUGAAAUGUUUUAUCUGUAAAAAAAAAAUUAACUGACCUUUGAUGUAUACUAAAAAUGUACGCUUGACUUGUGAUAUUUAUGUACAAAUGCAUAUUUAAAUAAAAAAAUAAUGAACUAAGCUGCUGUUUUGUGAACAAUAAAAAAAAUGCAACAUCAUCUUGCUGAAAUGAAAACUGACCAGAAGUUGUUUUUUU